AUGAAUUUCAUUUCAGAUAAUCGAAUCGCUCAUCUUGAUAAUACACAGGAUUACGAUCAAGCAUCGUCUUCUUGGGAUUGGUUUCUUGAAACCAAAUGGGAGUACAAUUCAAUUUCAAAUAAGGAAUUAUUUAUUAUUUGCAAUUUAAAAACUGGCUCCGAUGAUGAAGUGUUCUCAGAAAAACUAUCUAUUCUAUUGGAUCACUCACGUGGGCGCAUAAAGAAAGGUGAAAUAACUCAUUUAUCUGGUGACACCCAUGAUGAUAAAACUCUAACUGAUCAACAACGUGAACGUUUGAAAGAACUUGCUUCAAAACUUCCACCGCCCAAGCAAACAGGUCCGCAUAUUGCUCUGAACGAGAUGUUGAAUCUGAAAUUGACCAGACACGAAUGUGAAGGCGAAUCAUCAAUACGCAUGACAUAUGGAAAUACAAAUACUGUCACUACGUAUCAAGACACAGCGAGAGGGCAAGAUAAUGCUUUUCGUCAAAAUUUUGUCAUCACGCAUAUUAUAUUUUCAAAGAAACCAACUAUUCUACCAGAAAUCUUACAACAAAAACGUUCAACACAAAUUGAAAAACCUGUAUCAGUUGCUGGUUUAACUGUUUUCUAUCAAGUUCACGAUGGAUCAUGGCGUGAAUGUCAAGAAAUUGCUAUUGCAUCAAUAACAAUGCGCAAUGAAGAACCUAAAUGGCUAACAGAUUCUGUUAUUAAUAUUGAACCCGAUAAAUUAUUUUCAUUUGCGAUCAGAGGAAGUGUUAGUAUUCGAGGUGAAGUAGGCAGAGAUAAUCAAACACGCCAACGAACACAUAAAAGUUUACCACAACCAUUUAAACUUAAAAUAAUUAUCACUGAUAGUAUUGGCAAACAAUGUUCAUUGGUUGUUGAACACUUGAAUAAACCACUUGAUCUAAUCACUCGUGAAUCAUUUCUAAACAGUUAUCAAUCGUCAAUCAGUGAAUUAGUUGGAUUUACAUAUGCUGAUGAUUGUGAAACUGAUGAAAGAGUAUAUAUGGCGAUAUAUGUAAAUACAGAAAAUCAAAUUGUUGUUAAAAAUGGUGGUUCAUAUGCUUAUACGUUUACAAGACAAAUGAUACGUACAAUGGAGUUUACUGCCAAACAAAAUCAAACGCCUGAAGUUGAUUUGGAUUAUAUUCAUCAGAGCAAUGCGAGACACAGUAGUAGAGCAUUUGCCUUAUUUGAUCCAGAAACUUAUAUGCUCUAUGCUAUUCGAUUGGAAUUGUCGACAAUGACAUCGAAAACCGAAGAAACAAUACUGAUUCCAAUAGAAAAAAUUGAUUGA